CUUUGCACAACCGGACUCCAUUUUACUGACAGCAAAAACAACCCCCCGGGGGCUGGCUGCUGCAGCCAAAUCAGAGCUCGGAGGGAGGAAAGCGGCUGAGUUAGCUGAAGAGGGUUCGAAUGAUCUGCAGGUAACCGGGAAGCAUUCACUGAAGUCCUACCAUUUCACCAACAACCCCAAAGGUGCUAAAGCAGCUGAUCUAGGCUCACAUCUCAACCCAGAUAUGGGACAACAAUGCCACCACCCUUGACCAGUCAUUGAACCAACCGGGAACAACACUCAACCUUGCCCCCUAGUGGGGCUCUGGAGAGCUGACCUCCACCCGGUAGAUCUCCCAGGCGACUACCUCCCCCAUCUGGGGAGAGGUGGGCUCUGCACGAUCCCCUGUCAAAUUGUACCGUUUGCUGAUAUCAUCCUUAGUGAAGAAGUAAUUUUUUCCCAGCUCUGCCUGACCUUCACACACGCUCAAGAGCUCUGCCUUGUGUCGCCUGGACCCUGUCGAGAGAUAUGCCCUGAGCCCAAGCUCCACCGGGCUGCAGAGACUUCCUUUAGGAGAGAAGCAAUGCUACCUUGUGAACGUAGGCCUUCUUAAACUGGGGGGUUCUGGAUCCAUGGUCGGACUUAAUAGUACCCCUUAGUGAACGACAAGACUGCUUCAAACAACCCCAAAGGAAAGCACCCCCCCCCUAAAAAUUUUUAAAAAAUCCAGAUGGAACAAUUAUCAAAUGGCACCCUUUCUACCCCAGUUCUGACAGCUACCCAAAAUGGCACACUGGCAACCCCGCUUGAAAACCCCACGUCCCACAAAUGGGAGUUCCUGGUGGCUGUUGUAGUCACAGCCAUUUCCAUUUCCAUUCUUCUUGGGAUCCUAGCAAAAUGGCAGGUGGUCCGGCGCUACCUGGCCAGCUACAGACACACCCGCCUGAGGGAGAUGGACAAUGUAAGCCACUGCAAUCACCCAGGCAUGGAGGUGGAAUUCGCCUUCCACGGAGGAUGUGGAAUGAACCCUCACGCCGUCCCUCAUAUGAACGAGGACGACGACGAUGGCUUCAUUGAGGAUAACUACAUCCAGGCCUUUGAGAGAGAGAGGGCCGAGAGGGCAGCAGUGGACAUAGGAGAAACAGAGGAAGAAGCGGAGAUGGACGAUAUCGAAUUCACCAUCGCUUAGCGAGAAGGGGUACAGUGAAGCCGUCCCUGUAUUUGUCUCCAUGAGUUUCAGUCGGCUCCUCAUAUUGUAACUUCAUCAUCGUCUCUCUAGCCACUCUUUCUCGUCAACAUUUCCUAAUGAUGUGAAAAGCUACAGUAAUCGUAGGUGGAAGAAAGGGAAUGUCUCUACCUUUUUCCAGCUAGUGCCUGUUCUUUUCUUCUUCUUUUUUAAAGGUCAGACUGUAGUAAAGACAUGAUUUCAUGAAACACGGGUCAUUUUGGCAAUGGUCCUCAAAGUAUGGCGUGAGCAUACGAAAAGACCUUUAAGGGGGUCUUGUGAAUAUAUCAAUGAUUUUUUUUUGGUUGUUGGUAAAUUGACAAAAUAGGAAGUCAUUGAAGAUUUGUUCACACUGAUUUUCAGUUUUCCACAAAUUUUUAUUUAUUUUUAAAUUUUUUAAAAAUUUUAUUACUUUAUUGAUCCCCGUGGGGAAAUUCUUCCUCUGCAUGUAACCCAUCCCAGCUGUGUAGCUAGGAGCCGCGGGCAGCCGCCAUGCAGCGCCCGGGGAAAUGGUAAUCAGAGUGGUCAUGUUCUGAUUUGGAAUAAAUAACGAAAAUGGCAUGAAAAGGAAGAGGUCAAUCAAACAUGGGCUAGCCAAUCAUCUACCUGUGCAUGUUUAAACAGUGUUCGGCAGCAGAAUCCACGACGACCAUCAAUCACCCCUUGGCACUUUUGUAAAAAUACCAACCCCUCCUGCAACACUUCAGUCUACAGUUACUGCUAUACUUUUUUCUUUUUCUUUUUUUGCAAUUUCUAAUCAAACUUGAAGGCUAAGUGUCCACGAAUGGUCAGAUUUAUAAUGUAAUUCUGAGCAAACUUUUGCAAAAAAAUAAUGACAGCCAAAUAAAACUGAUUUUCUAUUGUGUGUUGAAAGAAAUUGGUAUGUUGUUUUAUUGUUGAACAUACUGGCUAAGUAUAGAUUUUCACAAGUACUUGUAAUGGUAUACAUUAUAUAAGUCCAUUUAUUGUAUACUUGCAUACUUCCACAUUUGCCACAGUCAUUCUUAUGAAAAGGGAAAAGGUGUGGCAAUGGAAAUGUAAAAGUGGGACCUUUGUGAUAUUUGCGUUACUACUGUGAGUUGAACAGGUAUUGUACCAUUCAAACUAUAGGUGGAAAGAACAAUACCAUUUCAUAUGUUAUUACCCUAACAUCACAACAUUGACAAUUAGUCAUAACGCAAAUUCCAGUUAUGGUCAUGUGCAAAAGGGUACACUUAAUACUAAAAAUCUUCUUAUCCACGUACUAGUUUAUAGCAAGCCUUUUUAAUUUCCAAUCUCUUUGUUGAUAUUGUGGCGGACACUAGGGGCUAUGCCUCUCACCCAGCACGACUGUGAGCUGUGGGCGUGGUUUACGUUCCCGGGCUCGCCGGUGCAGGGUUGUUCCUGCUGCAGUUGGUUUUUGGAGUUGAGGAAUAAACAUCAAACUCGCCUUGGUCUCCUGUGUUUUUCCUCAUUCCUGCCACAUUGGUGACCCCGAAUUGAACAUGUUUGGAGCAGAA